UGUUCUUUGAUGAAUUGAUUGGCGGGAGAGAACACCGGAAGACAAUGGAGAUUCGAGUUAGAUGCAGUUGCGGCGAAGAAAAUUGCCGCGAAUGGGCGAUCGUCGAACUGCAAGGCGUCGUGGAAGUUCAGCCUUCUUUUCAAGGUCGCCUUCCAAAUCUCGAAAUCGGCCAGCUUUGCCGCCCUUCCUCUCAGGAAAUCUAUACUUUCACUGUUGGGUAUCAUGAAUUGACCGGAUCGAAGGUUUCCUUGAAGAAGCCACUGUUGGUCCUGAAGAAGAUUAAGCAUGAAAAUCUGGACCAGGGCAGUGACAAUAGCUCCCCUAGAGUUGAAUUGGAAGUUGUUGGAAUCAUUCGGCACCGAAUUUUGUUCAAGACCAGACCAAAGGCCCUUAUCCAGUGUUGACCAGUAGCAAAUGAAAGAACCAGUGUUGCAGGUUCUGCCAUUCCAAGCAAUUAUCAAUAUGUAAUUUUUGACAGAGUUGGAGUUCCAACAAGUGAAUUCAAUGUAUGACUCAUCUGAAACAUAUCAAGUUGCCAAUCAGGCGCUUCAAUGUUGUUAGUCCUCCUUGGCUGUGAGUGGGAGUCGGUCAUAAUUGGAAUCAGGAUUUGGAUAUUGAAUUUAUAGAAGUUAUGCAGGUUAAAAGGCAUUGUUUUUGGCUUUUUACUCU